AUGGUCGAUGUCGACGAGGAGAGAUACCCGACGGUCGAGGACGACAUUGUUGAGGAGGAGGAUGAGGAAGCUGAACGACGACCGUUGCUUGGGUCUGCGGCGCGGGCGGCUGAACACCGGUUGUUACAGAGGAGGGAACUUGUUGGGUUGUCGUUUAUGGCCCUCUCAGCGCUCCUCUUCUCCCUCAUGUCCGUCCUCGUCAAAAUCUCCGGGCAGGACUUCCCCUUCCUCGAGAUCGUCUUUGCGCGCUCGCUCAUCCAAUUUUCCUGCGGCGUCGUCGCCUGCCUCGCUCUGGGCGUCAUGCCCUGGGGUCCACCCACUCUCAACAAGUUCUGGCUGAUUGCGCGCGGCAGCGCCGGGGCAACGGGUCUCGCGCUGUACUUUUACACGAUCGUAAAUAUGCCGUUGGGCGACGGGAUGACCAUCUUCUUCACGGGCCCGGCGUUCACGGCGGUGUUGGCGUGGUUGUGUUUGGGUGAGCCGCUGACGAGGCUGGAUAUUGGCGCGACGGUCGCGUGUUUGGCGGGCGUGACGUUGGUGUCGCAGCCUGACGGAGACUCCCGUUUCUCGAUAUUGACCGGCGCCGGCAAAACAAAAGCAACCUCAGUCAUCGCCCCCCUCGCCGCGCUCGCCGGCGCCAUCAUGUCAUCCGUCGCCUACGUCCUCGUCCGCAAAAUCGGCUCCCGCGCCCACUUCAUGGUCCACGUCACCUACUUUGGCCUCAUGUCCUCGCUUCUCUCCGGCUUUGCCCUGCUCAUCACCUCCUCCCCCACCUCCACAACCACAACCUCGUCCCUCCCGGCCAUCCCCCCAACCCAAUGGACGCCCACUCAGUACCUCACCAUGUGCUCAGUCGGCCUCUCCGCCUUCAUCGCGCAAUGUUUCCUCAACGCCGGCCUGCAGCGCGCCAACGCCGGCCCCGCGACGCUGAUGCGGAACCUCGACAUCGUGUUUGCGUUUGUGUUUGGGUUGGCGUUCUUUGGCGAGGUGCCCAGGGUCACGAGUGUUCUUGGCGCGGCGCUCAUCCUCGGCGCUACCGCCACCGUGGCGCUUUGGAAGUGGUACGGGAGCUUGCGGAGGCGCGGGGAGGACACCAAGCGGGAGGGUGGGGCCGAUGAGCCGUAA